GCCCCCCGCCGCCAGCCCGCCAGCCCGCCCGCCGCCCUCCGGAGCCGCCCCCGCCCGCCCCCUUCGCGCGUCCGCUCCGGCUCCCUGCGCAGCGGAAACAUGGCGGCGGAAAGGGAGUGAGCAGCCCCGCGCCGCCGCUGCGCCAGCAGAUUUCUCCAUCUUGCUAAGGAGGAACGCUUUCCUAUGGGAUAUAGCUGAUGGUACCAUGCAAAAAUCGGAUCCUCGAAAAGCAGGGCAUGAGGAUGAUAAUGACAGAGAAGAAGGAAGCAACAGUGCACAUAAACAGUGAUUGUCUACAAUGGCCAGAUGAGAAAACCAAGGCACGGGGGGUUACGUUACUUGGCCAAGGUUAUACAACUAUAAUAGACUGGAAUGAUGUUAGAAAACACAAAUAUGGUCACCUUUCAGAGUCUGCAUCCCAAUAUCAAGAAGCUACUGACAUCCUGGAACUAGGUCAUUUUACCUGGGACAAAUACCUAAAAGAAACAUGUUCAGUCCCAGCGCCUGUCCAUUGCUUCAAGCAGUCCUACACACCUCCAAGCAACGAGUUCAAGAUCAGCAUGAAAUUGGAAGCACAGGACCCCAGGAACACCACAUCCACAUGUAUUGCCACAGUAGUUGGACUGACAGGUGCCCGCCUCCGCCUUCGCCUUGAUGGCAGUGACAACAAGAAUGACUUCUGGCGGCUGGUUGACUCAGCUGAAAUCCAGCCUAUUGGGAACUGUGAGAAGAAUGGGGGUAUGCUGCAGCCCCCUCUGGGAUUUCGGCUGAAUGCCUCCUCUUGGCCCAUGUUCCUUUUGAAGACACUAAAUGGAGCAGAGAUGGCUCCCAUCAGGAUUUUCCACAAGGAACCACCAUCGCCUUCCCACAACUUCUUCAAAAUGGGAAUGAAGCUAGAAGCUGUGGACAGGAAGAACCCUCAUUUCAUUUGCCCAGCCACUAUUGGGGAGGUGCGGGGCUCAGAGGUGCUUGUCACCUUUGACGGGUGGCGAGGGGCCUUUGACUACUGGUGCCGCUUCGACUCCCGGGACAUCUUCCCUGUGGGCUGGUGCUCCUUGACCGGAGACAACCUGCAGCCGCCUGGCACAAAAGUUGUGAUUCCAAAGAAUCCCUAUCCUGCAUCUGAUGUGAACACUGAGAAGCCCAGCAUCCACAGCAGCACCAAAACUGUCUUGGACCAUCAACCAGGGCAGAGGGGGCGUAAACCAGGAAAGAAGCGGGGCCGGACACCCAAGCCCCUAAUUCCCCACCCCAUCUCUACCCCAUCCAAGUCAGCUGAACCUUUGAAAUUCCCAAAGAAGAGGGGUCCCAAACCUGGCAGUAAGAGGAAGCCUCGGACUUUGCUGAACCCACCACCCACCUCACCAACAACCAGCACCCCUGAACCGGAUACCAGCACUGUACCCCAAAGAUGCUGCACCAUCCCCAGCUCAGCCAUGCAGGCCCCACAGGUUUGUAUUUACUUGAACAAGAAUGGCAGCCCAGGCCCCCACUUAGAUAAGAAGAAGGUCCAGCUGCUCCCCGACCAUUUUGGGCCAGCCCGCGCCUCCGUGGUGCUGCAGCAGGCUGUCCAGGCUUGCAUCGACUGUGCGUACCAUCAGAAAACCGUCUUCAGCUUCCUGAAACAGGGCCACGGCGGUGAAGUGAUCUCAGCCGUGUUUGACCGUGAACAGCACACUCUCAACCUCCCAGCCGUCAACAGCAUCACCUACGUCCUGCGCUUCCUGGAGAAACUCUGCCACAACCUUCGCAGUGACAAUCUGUUUGGCAACCAGCCCUUUCCACAGGCUCCCUCGCCACUCACCGCCCCCGGCUACGGCCACAGCCACGACAGGUACCUACCAGGUGAAAGCUUUGUCCUGGGGAAUAGUCUGACCCGGUCUUUGGAGCCACACUCAGACUCAAUGGACUCUACCUUGAAUCCCACCAACCUUGUCAGCAGCUCCCAAAACCUUCGAACCCACGGGUACCGGCCGUUGGUUCCAUCCUGUGGCCUCCCGAUGGGUACCGCCUCAGCUGUGAGGAGGCUGUGCUCCGGGGGCUCGGACCGAUACCUGGAAAGCCGGGAUGCCUCUCGACUGAGUGGCCGGGACCCCUCCUCAUGGACAGUGGAGGACGUGAUGCAGUUUGUCCGGGAAGCUGAUCCUCAGCUUGGACCCCACGCUGACCUCUUUCGAAAACACGAGAUUGACGGCAAGGCCCUGCUCCUGCUGCGCAGUGACAUGAUGAUGAAGUACAUGGGGCUGAAGCUGGGGCCCGCGCUCAAGCUCUCCUUCCACAUUGACCGGCUGAAGCAGGGCAAGUUCUGAACCGGGAGACGCAGCCUAGACACCUGAGGGGUCCACCGGAAGGGCUCAGCAUUCUUCUCCCCGGAAGCGGGUGCCAAGCAGCCCACUGCCGGCGCCUCAGUGGAUUCCGGGCCACCUCAGGACUCGGGAGGCUGUGUGGAGCCACCACUGCUCCCCGCUUCUGCCGUGAUACGUCCUUCCAUGAAGGACUGAGGAGGGGAGAGUGUGGGGCCCAGGGCUGGCGCUGCUCUUCCCCUCAGCCCUGCCUCGGCUCUGAGGUCCCUCUGUAUUUAUUUCUCAAGCCUGGUUGGCCUCCCACUGGGCGUUUAGACUGAACACCUUUCAGGUGAUGGAGGAAGGGGCUGACCCCUGAGGCCUCAGAGGAUAGGGCCCUGAAUUGACCCUUGGGCCCAGUCCCCUGCCACCCGCUGGGCCUGGUGUGGCACCCCACUUCCCCGCAGCUCCUGCCCCCUCCUCACAAGAGCUCCAGACUCCAAACUCAUGGUGCAAACCUCUACCUUUUUAAAAAAAAAAAAAAAAUCUUUUCUUAUUGUUUAUUGUUUCUGGCACAAGGGCAAGCCCCCCAGUUCAUACUCCUCUCACUCCAGACACUGGGUUUCAGGAGGAGAGAGACUGCCCUGCCCUGGUCCCAGAGAGGCAUGGGCCCUUUCCAAGGACAUCACCCGAGGGCACUUUCUCUGUGGGAUGGACACAUCCUUCAAGCCUUGACCAUAUCACUCAGCAUGGGGAGGAGAGGGUUCCUGUCACCUUCCCCUCUUCCUCCACUGGACCCUUUGCAGCCCCGGGCCUCAUCUGUGGGAAUGGGAGUCCCCUGCCCCACACUGUCCCCCACCACAGCUCCUUGCCCUGGCCAGAACUACUGCCAAAGGAGGUUAGGCCCCGUGAUUCUAGGCCACGAAGGCCAUCAGGUGGAUGGGAGGGAAGGGUCUGCAGGCUGGAAUCUGGUUGUACCCUCUCCACUGUCCAGAUGCUUCCUUUAUAAGCAAGUCAGCAGCACAGCUGCCCCACUGCCAUCCGGACUUCUUUUAUGUCAGUUUGUUUAUAAAUAAAAACCAAUAUAGAUGCCAGUGUGGU